AAAGUGGAACAUUCUUUCUCGUCCCAUUCCAUCAUUAUCCUAUCGCAUACUCACCGAUACCGUUCGCAUUCCAUCACGCACUAUACAGCGACCACCACCACCACCGCAACAUCAGCUGUCACAAUGCGUGUUGUUUACCUUUUCCCGUGUGACAGCGAGCAGGGCGCGCGCGACACGACACGGAAAACCGCAUGUGAAGUGACUCUACCGCAACUGACAGCUAAUGUUUACGUUUUUUGACCGUGCGCAGAGUGUGCGUGUGUGCGUGUUUGUGUUUGCACACGGUUGAUCAAUUGUUUUUCUACGGCAAUUUGUUGUAACGAAUCGGGCGAUUUGGAUUUUUGGAAAGCACGCGCCAAUAAGCUGGGUUUCUUUUUUUUUUUGGCAGGCCAGACGAGAGCGACCGAGCGGCUGGCGAAACGUCAAAACGACGGGUUCACCGUUUAUCACAUUUUAUUUUGAUUGCCGGAUGGAAUCGCACCGGAACCGUACGCGCGCACCGAGGAAGAAACGCGAGCAGGCAGCCGGGAGAAAAUAGCGACAUCUGUGGCGCACCUUCCUCCCCUCCCAAUUCCCGACUCCCCGAAAACGCCACGGCGUGGCAUCUGUAUCUCCCAUCCACCGACAAGGAUACAGCUACACACACAGCCAAACGCACGAAACUAUCGCCACACGGAGCGAGCAGGGCUGCCAUUGGGCGGCCAGCAUCCGGGCCUCGUGCUGCGAGCAGUACGGAAACAGCCGGCCGGAGAGGGCAAAGAAAGCACCUUAAAGGAAGGCACCAUACCAGACCAGAGCGCCGGACGUAGCAUCCGGGAUCCGCGACGAGCCCCCAUGUCCACUGACUAAGGAGCACGUUCCGCUAUCCGCGCCGGGCAGACAUGACGCAGGGCAGACCAUGGGAGGGAAAGGAGACACAAAACCGUCACAGCAGCAGUGCGCGGCGAAGCGGCGCACCAAGAAGAAGCCAGCAACCGACCAGCAACGGCAACCCAAAACGAUCCCUUCUGGCGGCGGUGGCUCGGGGCUGGUCCGCGCGUCGUCCGGCGACCGCCAGGAGCAGGAAAUGUCGGCCGGUGGCGGUGGAGGCGGCGGCAAGCGCUACCAGACCGCCCGCACCCAGGCGGCCUCCCAGCGGCGGGUGCGCCGGCUGGCCUCGGAUGGCCCCGCCGGCCCGGACGGUGGCGGUGGCGGUGCGGUGCCGCACGAGCUAGCAGCGAACGUGCCGGCGGACAUGCGCAUCUCGAAGCUGCUGCGCCGGCUGGUGGGCGAAACGAGCGGCGGCCCCCUGUUUGCGGAGCUGUGCGACCGGCUGGAGCUAGUCAUACUCGACCCGUCCAACGCGUCCUACGUGCGCAAAUCGUUCGACCUGCUGGCGCACACGGUCGCGCAGAUACUGGAGGGCGGGCUGCGCGAGUGCCAGGACCGGGUGGCGCAGCUGUUCGGCAUGCUGCUGCACGUGCUGGUCGGGGGCGCUGGGCCCGACUGUGGCACGGUGCUGCGCGGCUGGACCGACCGCUACCUGAACCAGUCGAAGCGCAUCCGGCGGCCGGCGCUGGUCGCGCUCCGGCAGCUGGUGGUGCUGGAUCGGCCGGAGCGGGGGCUGGAACCGGUCGCCGACUGGCUGGUCGGCUACCUGCAGCAGAUACUCGAGCAGACGGACGUGCUGGACGUGUUUCUGCUCGUGACGGACGUGAUGGUGCGGCUGGCGGACGGGUACGGGCACGCGUUCGCGCCCCAUUUCAGCGACAUCGUGGACAUUGUGGUCGGCUGGCAGCUGGAGAGCACGCAGCCGACCGCGGUGAAGCUGCACUGCGCGCGCGUGCUGCUCGCCUUUCGUCCGUUUUGGUGCGAGCAGCGUGACGUCACGUUUAACCUGCUGGAGCAGUUUAGUGAGGAUAUCGAUGGGCACUGCGGCGACGUAGAGUACGCGGACCGGGCGCAGGCGGACGACGCGAACCGGCUGUUCGGUGCGCUGCUGACCGCGUUCAACAGCGUGUUCAAGUGCCUGCAGGAUGCGGCCGGCGACGGGACCUUCCUGCUGCAGCCGGACGAGCUGGCCCGGUUCGACUGCUGCUGCUGCACGAUCGUGGCGAUCGUGGUGCGGCUGCUCGAGGCACCACCGACGGGGCUGGCCGUGGCCGCCAUUUGUGAGUUCAUCAUGCUGAAGCUAAUGCUUCCCGCGACCACCCUAACGCCGCUGGGAGAGGACGAGCUGCUGGAGAUUGUCGGUCGGUUGGUGCAGCACGGCAGCGGCUACAGCGACGAGCAGAUUGGAGCCGUGCUGCACCUGCUGCUGCGGUACGCGGACGCUGGCGGCAACACGGAAAGGCAGCACGCACGCGCCCUCGCGCUCCGGCCGCUGAUCUUCGCGGAGAGUGGACCGUUCUACGCGUUUCGCUACCGGCAGAGUGCGGCCGUGAAGCGGGCCCUGCUGCUGCUCUACCACCGCAUGCUGACGCUCAAGCACGCGGAGGUGCUGCAGGGCGCGUACCGCUCCAUCCUGGCCGACAUCGACGAUGCGCUCGGGAGGCUGCGGGCGGUCGGCAACCGCACCCCGUCCCCCGGGACGCUCGUGCGCCUCCAGUACCGCAUCCAGUUCAAUCUGCUGCUGCUGUCGCCGCUCGCCAUGGCGCGCAGCUCCAUCUUCAUCACCUGGACGCUCCGGGAGGAUCCGGUGCUGCACGUGCUGCUCGAGCGGCUCGCGCCGGCCGACGGCCGGCUGUGGGAUCGGCGCACGCACGCCCCGCUCCACUACGCCGUGCUGCUGACGGCGUUCCACCACUGCAGCGCGAACAACCACUUCAUCUCGUCGAGCGGGCUGCUGCGGCCGGCGGGCCGCACCGUGGUGGAGCGGUUCCGGCGCGACACGAGCGACACGGACGCCCCGCCGGAAAGCCCCACCGCGGACCAUUUCGGGCUGGUGCUGCGCUUUCUCGGCACGAUACUGCGCCAGUGGGGCGCCCGGCAACAGUCGGGCGGCCGGCUGUACGGUGCGGUGCGCGGGACGGAGCUGCUGCCGCUGCUGCUCGACUGGUGCGUUGCGAUCGUGACGCAGACGACGCGGUACCAUGAUGUGCUGCACGAUUGCGACGACUUCAACCAGCUGCUGGUGCACGUCGGGACGGUGGCGGUCGAGCGGGGCAGCGAAAGUGAAACGAUCGGGUUGCGCUGUGCGGACUGCCUGGAUGCGGCGUGCCGGUUUGCGAGCCUGCACCCGUCGGCGUACCAGGCGAUCGCGGAGGCGUGCUGCGUCCAUCUCUGCUCGGUGUACGGCAGCCUGCGGACGCGCUACACGGUCAUCUUUUCCAAGCUGCCGCUGCGCCACUCGCUGCGCCAGGUGAACGAGUUUACCGGGGUGAACCGGCGCCGCUGGGAGCAGAUCGGGGAGCUGAAGAACGGGCUGUACCAUCAGGGCGGGUACGCGCUGCAGCAUUCCGCCACGCUGCGCAUGGCCGAUCUGCGCACACUGUUCAACCGGAUCGCGUUCAGCAGGGACGGUUCGGAGUACGCCGGGGGCUACCUGCACGAGCUGCUCACCCGCUCGUUCAACCAGCCGUCCCGGUACGGCGAGAUGGCGCUGCGCGAUCUGCGCUGCCUCAUCCCGUGGGCCCAGUGGGAGGCGGCCCAGCUCUGCGUCAACCAGAAGCUGCGCACGCCGUUCGGCAAACCGCAGAGCACGUUCCUGCGCAUCGAGUCGAUCGUGAAGCAGUGCGCCCGCAUACUGGCGCUGACGGACCGGUUCCCGGUGCGCGACAUACGCACCUCGAUCGCGAACCAGCGGCACGCCCGCAUCCUGCUCGGCUUUCUCGAGGCGCUGGAAAAGUCGAUCUACAACGCGGCGGAGGGCACGGCGUACGCGCUGCCGGCGCCGGAGAAGCCCGCCCGCACCUUCUUCCGCGUGAACCAGUCGACGUGCGCGGAGUGGUUUACGCGCAUCCGCACCGCGGUCGAUCUGGUCGCGCUGCACUGCAUGGAGCCGGAGAUGGUGAUACGGUACUCGGAGGCGGUGCUGCGCGAGCUGGUGGCGGCGGGCAAGACGGGCGACCCGAUCUUCGAGCACAUGCUGAUGUCGCUGGUGUGGGCGCUGGUGCGCAACUGGGAGUCGGACGCACUGUACGGCGUGUACGUGUGGAGCAAGCGGCUGACCGGGCGCAAGUACUCGUGGAUCCGGAUGGCGGCGGAGGAAGCGUCCGGGCAUCGGGAGACGGCGGCGAGCGGGUUCCGCAGCAUACUGGCCGACCCGGGCAGCGCGGGGAUGGACCGGCACAUACGCGAUUUCAUCGUGGACCAGACGAUCCUGUCGCUGCUGUUCACCGGCGACUAUCGGCAGCUGUACGAGUUUCUGCUGGCGGAGGAAAGCAGCGGGACGCCGCGGGCCACCAUCCCGCUGAUAACGGUGACGGCCGCCCAGAUCCGGUCGAUCAUACGGUACGAGGAGACGCACGACGUGAGCGUGAUCGACAUCAGCCAGUGGGAGCUGGUGGACGUCGGCACCAACAUCCCGAACGACUUCUCCUGCCACAAGGCGAUCUGCGCGGUCGAGAACAGCCUGUCCGGGAUCAUACUGCAGGAGCAGAUCGAGCAGCGCCAGCGCAUGAUCGACGCGAGCACCGAGCUGAUCCAGUGCUACCUGCAGGAGUGCCUGCUGACCCGGUGCCGCGAGUACCUGUUCCAGCUGACCAUCACCAACCACAUCCUGUACAAGAUCGCGCAGCGCAUCCGGGCGCCGGACGCAACGGCGGCCGCCGGUGAACCGGCCGGUGCCACCACCGCCGCCGCGGACGGUAGCGGCGGACUCGGCUCGCUCAAUGUGGAGAAGUUUUACGGCACGCUCACGCUGAUGCGGCUGCUCGCCUGGUCCGAGUUUCUGCUCGCCGAUGCCGACGCGGGCGAACAGCAGCAAAACAUCGACCUGCGCCUCGACAUGGUGUCGAUCGGGCGCAAGGAGAAAAACUACGCCCUGUGCCGCCGGGAGCUCGAGAAGUACUACCACAAAUCGAACCUGAUCGGGCGACUGGGGGCGGCCGGCGCCGAACCUCCCAAGCAGCAGCGGCUCACGCUCGAGCAGGUGGCGGCCGCGCUGACCGCCCGCAGCGCUGGGGCGGCCGUGUGGGACGAAAACCUGUCCCGGGCGGUGUACGAGCACUGCAAGUGGCUGCACUGCCAGCCGGGCAAGCGGCUGGAGGCGAUCAACUUUGCCGCCUGCGCGACGGCCGCCAUCGAUGGGGUGCUGCGGGAGCGGCGCGGCACGGAGCCGCGGCUAGCCGAGCGCGUUGGCCGCUUCCUGCUCACCAUCAGCGACUGGAUGGCGGGCGAGGCGGGCGAACCGACGGCGAACGAGCUGGCGAGCGUGCGGCGGCUCGGGCAGCUGCUGCCGGCGGUCGGGGCAAAGCCGCUCGCCGCCGACCACGCGCACAUGUUCCGGGCGUCGGACCGGCUGAUCGGGACGCUGCUGCAGGGCGCGGUGGACCGGUGUCCGUCGCUCGCGAAAGCCUGGUUCGCCCUCGGGUCGUGGCUGUACCGGUGGGGCAAGCGGCUGGUGGAGCACAGCGCCGCGGACGGUUCGCCUUCGAGUUCGCCUGUGCGUAUCAGCGUGGACCAGGUGGCGGGCAUCGUGGCCGGGCCGGCCGUUUCCCUUGCCGACUGCGAGCGCAUCGUGGAGAUACUGAACGAGCACGAGCCGGCCCGAAUGGUGGCCGGGCCGGAUGGGGGCGAGGGCGACGAACCGGACGAGCUGGAGCUGGACAGCUCGACUACGAUCGGGUCGAUCGGGCUGCUGGACGCGCUGCACCGCGCGAUGCCGGGCCUGGAGCGGAACGUGCCGCCCGACCGGCUGCACGCGAUCAUCGACAUCUGGCGCAGCAACCAUCGGGCGGUGUACGGGCACUACGAGGCGGCGGCCGAGGCGUACUUCCGCUUUCUGCAGCUCUCCUCCGGCCGGAACGAGGCGGUGGAGGAGGAGGGCGUGGACAGCGAGCGGGCCCGGUCGGUCACCGUCACGCUGCGGCUGCUGCGCCUGAUCGUGAAGCACGCGCUCGGGCUGAAGGAGGUGCUCGAGGAGGGCCUGGCGACGACGCCGAGCGAACCGUGGCGCGUCAUCACGCCGCAGCUCUUCUCCCGCCUGGCGCACCACGAGCCGUACGUGCGGCGGCGCGUCUCCGAGCUGCUGUGCCGGGUGGCGAAGGAUGCCCCGCACCUCAUCAUCUUCCCGGCGGUGGUCGGCUCGGUGCAGGAGGAGCCGAGCCAGCUGGCCGUGGUGGACGUGCUGCGUGACGGCGUGGAGGAAGUUUCCAACCGGCUGGAAGGGGAGGGCGAGAGCGCGCAGUCGGCGCAGGACGGUGGGGCCGGGCUGAGCUUUUGCUUCAACGCGCUGCUCGACAUACUGUCGCGCGAAAUCCCCGACACGGUCAAGCAGGUGCAGACGCUCGUGCACGAGCUGCGCCGCAUCUCGCUGCUGUGGGAGGAGCUGUGGGUGGUGUCGCUGCAGCAGAUCUACGCCGACUACACCAAGCGCAUACCGACGUUCGAGGCGGAGUACCGGCGCCUCUACGCGUCCGGCCAGCUUACCGACCAGCGGCGAGCCCUGCUCGCCGAAAAGCAUCGCCUGCUGCUCCGGCCGCUCCUGUUCGUGCUGGAGCAGCUGUACGGCAUAACGUCGCGCCCGGCCGAAACCAAUCACGAGCGCCACUUCCAGGAGCGCUACCACCGGUACAUCCGCAACAUGCUCGCCAAGCUGCGCGAGCCGGCCGACUUCAGCCGGCCGAUCGAGGGCUGGAACCGGUUCCGCACGCUCUACGCCCAGCUGCAGCAGCGCAGCCAGAAGCGCUUCUCCUUCUUCCUGCGGCUGGCCGACGUCAGCCCGAACCUGCUGCGCCUGUCCAACACGGCGAUCGCGAUGCCCGGCAUCGACACGACGCUCGCCGGCAGCCGGCAGCCGAUCCUGAUCCGCACCGUCGACAACAACAUCCAGAUACUGCCGACCAAGACGCGCCCGAAAAAGCUCACCUUCUGCGGGAACGACGGGCGCCGGUUCGGCUACCUGUCCAAGGGCCUGGAGGAUCUGCACCUGGACGAGCGCAUCAUGCAGUUCCUGUCGAUCGCGAACCUGAUGAUGACGAAAUCGAUCGACUGCAAUGGCAACGUGACGCACUACCGGGCGGAGCACUACUCGGUCAUACCGCUCGGCCCGCGGUCCGGGCUGAUUACCUGGGUCGACCAUACCGUGCCCAUCUUUUCGCUCUACAAGAAGUGGCAGCAGCGCGAAGCGCUGCAGAAGAAGGAGGGCAAGGGUGCCGGGAGCAGUGCGACGCUGCGCCCAUCGGAGCUGUUCUACAACAAACUGACGCCCCUGCUGCAGAGCCACGGGCUGAAGGCGAACGCGAGCCGGCGCGAGUGGCCGCUGCCGGUGCUGAAGCAGGUGCUGGCCGAGCUGCAGCAGGAAACGCCCCGCGACCUGCUGGCGAAGGAGCUGUGGUGCCACAGUGCGACCGCGUCCAGCUGGCGGCAGGUCAUCCGCAGCUACUCGCUGUCGCUCGCGGUGAUGAGCGUGAUCGGGUACAUCAUCGGGCUGGGCGACCGGCACCUGGACAACGUGCUGGUCAAGCUGGCGACCGGCGAGAUCGUGCACAUCGACUACAACGUUUGCUUCGAGAAGGGCAAAACGCUGCGCGUGCCGGAGAAGGUGCCGUUCCGCAUGACGCCCAACCUGGAGGAGGCGCUCGGCAUGACCGGCAUCGAGAAAGUUAAUGCAAAAUGCCAGCGCCUAGAGUGUUAA